AAAAAGGGCACAUAAUUCUGUCAAAUUGCAUGCCAGAGUUAUCUUACUUUGCCUGCCCAGUCCUCUCAUGAUAGUAAGUAAGUGUACCAAGUUUGAAUGCAAUAGCAUUGAUACUUUCUGAGAAAAGUGGACAUAAACGCAAAACUUAACCGGACGCCGACGCAGACGCCGACGCCAAGGUGAUGACAAUAGCUCAUAUUUUUUUUUCAAAAAAUAGAUGAGCUAAAAAUCAAAACUCGACAGCCAGCUUGGGGGGCCGGGUCCCUGAGCCCAGUGCCUGGGUACGGGCCUGUUUAACUGGCUCAAUCAACAAUUGACCAUUCAUCCGAUCAAACCCGUCAAUUAACCAGUGCAUAACGGUUACAUUUAUUGAAAAUGUAUUUUCCAUGCAUGUAUGUUGAAAACUGAUGACGAAACUGUUCAGGAAAUGUUUCCCGAAAAUGACAAGUUUGGCAUAAGCUGGAAACACAUAAUGAGUCAGAAACUACCACAGGGCCCAGGCCCCAAAGGGGAUGUCUCAUACCUAAGGGCCACUCCUGGACCCCAGUUCCCAGUGGCCCCUUCCCCCCUGCCAGCCAUGGACGGUAACCAUGGUAACCACAUAAUGAAUGCUCAUCCCCAACAACACAGCAUUAACAGCGACCUUGAGGACAAGCUCGAACUUCAGCAGCGGGAAUUGGACGAAAUCCGGGCACGGGCAUCACAAAUGGAGAAAACAAUGCGCUGGUGGUCGGACUGUACCUCAAACUGGAGAGAAAAGUGGAGUAAAGUGAGAAAUGAAAGGAACAAGGCUCGAGAGGAGAAUAGACAGCUCAGAGGGAAGCUUGACUUGCUGAUUAAGGAAAACAACUCACUGAAAAGAGAGAAAGAAGAACUGGUUAACAGCAAUAAAACAAACACUGACAAAAAUGUUGAAAAAAAAUUAGAUUUAACCUCUAAUUCUGCAUCUAAUUCUGCGGUUGUUGGUCAUGGUAUUGUUCAUGAAGGAACUACCGAAAACGCAGUGGUAAAUUUAUCUGAUGAGAGUGUGCAAUCUAAAGUGAAAACAACACCAGUAAAAAGUCCAUUGAAAGAUUCUGGUUCUCAAACACCAGAUGAGUUUGAGCGAAAAGUCAAGGAAAGUGGACCUGGUAUGAAGGAAGAUAAGCUGACACUAAUGGAACUGAGGCUGAAUGAAUCUCAAAAGACAAUCUCAGGAGAAAGGGAAGAGAAGACCCAGCUAGUGAGAUCCCUGGAGGACGUCAGACAUGAACUAGCGAGUCUGCGAGUAAGAUAUGAGGAGCUCAAACAGUCCAAACAGGAACUGGAAAUACAGCUGGAGAGGGUUAAGGAGCAACACCAGGAUGACCUUGGAAGGUUGACCUCUGACCUUCAGGAUGAGCAGACGUCAAGGUCAAGCAUGGACAGGAGACUCAGUGAACUGAGAGUGGAGCUUGAGAAGCUGCAGCGGGAGAAUGCAGACGAAUGGGGUCGGCGGGAGCGUCUAGAGACGGAUAAGUUAUCAUUGGAGCGCGACAACAAGAAGCUGAGAUCGCAGGUGAGCGACCUAGAGGAGCAGGUGGAGAGGAAGAGCAACCACGCCUCCACGGUGGUCAACAAAGACCUCAAGACACUGCAGGCCGAGGUCUCAGAGAGGAAUAAGGAGCUAGCAGACCUGAAGCAUGCGCACUCUAAGCUGAAGAAGUCGUACCAGACCGGUGUGACAGACCUGGACCACAGCAAUCGUCGCUGUGAGCAGUUUGAGGCCGAGGUCAAGAAGCUGAGGUCUCGUGUAGAGGAGCUCAAACAUGACCUGGCGGUCGCUGAGGAUGAGGUGGACACGCAGUCUAACAGCGUGCGUAAGGUACAGCGGACCAACGAUGAGCUCCAGGAGCAGGUCGAUAACCUCAACGUGCAGGUGGAACAUCUGCAGAGCAGAUUGCGGCGGGCGUCUGUGUCUGGGACAACUGUCCAGCCCUCCAGCCUGCGCACAUUCAGCCCAGACCUUCACGCACUUGAGUUGGAUGAUGAUACAGACGAUGACUUCAGUGAGGGAACGUGAUCCACCACCGUGAGACAGAAGUGAAAACUGCCACAACUUCAUUAGAAAUUGGUGUCCAUCUGAAUCAUGUGCAGAGUUCGUUUGUCUUUAACCCUUAACCGAUCAUAUACGCUCUUUGAUGUAUUGGUAGUCCCUAAGAAAAUUAAAUAAAAUUAAAGACCAUUAUUUGUAGACUUAAGUGUUUAAGGCUUCAUUUCCAAUCCAAAGAUUCUGAAGAGGAGCAAACAGCAUAAAACCUGAACAGCAAGCAAGUUACUAGACAACCGUCUUUAAGAAGAAAAAUGGUACAGGUAUUUAACUGUUUUAUACAGUUUUUAUACGCCCGUUUUUAAAAACGGGACGUAUUAUAGUUUCACCCUUGGCGAGCGGCGUCCACAGCAGUGUCCGCUCUCUAAUUCAAAUAGUUUUCAUUCGAUCUUCACCAAAGAAGUUGUAUCUAGACAAUAUCUAGGUCAAAUUCGAAUAUGGGUCAUGCCGGGUCAAAAACUAGGUCAUGGGGUCACUUAGUGCAUUUCAAGGAUUUAGCAUUGUGUCCGCUUUCUCAUUGAAGUAGUUUUCAACCGAUCUUCACCAAAGUUGGUCAGAAGUUGUGUCUAAAGGACAUCUUGGUCAAGUUCAAAUAUGGGUCAUUCUGGGUUAAAAUUUAGGCCACUAGGUCACUUAGUGCAUUUCAAGCAUUUAGCAUGGUGUCCAAAACCUUCAAACGAGCGUAUCUUGUGACAGUUUGGCACUCUUGUUGUAAUAAUCGCAGAUUUAAAUGUCGAGUUAGAAAUGUAUGACAUAUUUUGACUUUUUGUGUUUUUUUUAACUGAAUGACAACAGAUUGAAUUUUUGAUGAGCAUGGUUUAAUUCUAUGUUUCUAAUUAUACUGUUUAUGUGACCAUAAACAACUGAAUCAGACAUUAUUUCUUAAAAUGUGAUGAAUGUCACAUUUAAACAUUAAAAAUAUGCCUCUUGUAAGAAACAUUUAAAAGAUUUUGUCUAGAACUGUUGACCUUACUGGUUAGUUUUAUUUUUUUCUUAGCUUUGAUGAGUGAUUCAAUAUUAGACAAAAAUCUGGGAAUUCUUUCUUGUUACUCAUGAGCUCACCUGUGCACAUCAUGCUUAUUUUGACUUUCUGUGAUUGAAUUUUUAUUGCCAUUCAUUUGUAUGUGUCAGGCGUUGUCAACAUUGACCUUGUUAACUAUCUAGAGGCCAGAAUUAUAGUCCAAUUUUGAUAAAACUCGGUUUGAACAUUUGUCACAAUGAUAUCUCAGCCGAGUUUUGAAUAUGUUUGUGGUUAGUUAAAAAACAAAGCUGUCAUUAAUUUUAUUGGAUUUAAAUAAAUAAUGAUUAUUGUUUUUGAAGAAAUGGCUGUUGAUCUAUAAGUAUUAUUAUAAAAUGUUUUAUUAAUGACCUUGUUACCUCUGCAUAAUUUGUAAUAAACCAUCUGUUCAAAUACCUCAUUUUCCAUGUUUUCAAGUUAAAAAUAUUCGAAAUGCUGGUUGUUUAGAUCUUUUUUUUGGGGUGGGGGGCAGGAUUGAAGUUAGACAAAGUAAUAGACAAACAUAGGACGAUGGGAUAAAUUUGUGUUUAUUAUUUUAUUCAUACAUAACUUAUUCAAUGAAUUUUAUAAAUUUUUUAUUAAUUAUAUAAUCUUUUGACCUGUAUCUAAUGUAUGCCAUACUCAAUAUUUUAUUUUUGUUAACCAUAAGACAUGAACAGUGGCAUAAAUUCUGAGUGUCUUCUCAUUAGGGUAACAUCUCAUACUUCUUUGGGUUUAUUAGACAAUCUUUUGAUGUUUUAUUGGUUAUACUGUCAUCAUGAAGCAUGAACACAUAAUCAAUUAAAUUAUUUCAUUAAAUUGUUACUAAUCAUUUUGUUCUUGUGAAUGUUCUUGUACACAUUAUAACACAUUAUGUAAUCAGGUUUGUUCAAUUGAUGUACACAUUACAGUGCUAUUCUGACAUGCACGUUUAUAGAAAUGCUAUUCUUUGUUAUCAUUUUCAUAACAUUCUUCCCCAUAUUUGUACAUAUUUUUCACAUACAUACACAUAUAUAAUGCUAAAGUUACUGUCUGCCACAUAAUCAUUAUACAUGUUUAUUUGUUUUCUCGUAAAUUGAAUUUGAGAUUGUGAUUUUGUAUUAUUUGCAAUAUUUUCUACUGUGUGCAAAUCACUCAUUCACUGCAAAAAUGCUUGCUUGUACUCCUCAGAACGUUUGAAAGCAUGUACAUACAAGUGGAAUAUAUGGCCAAAACUUACCAUUCAAUUAAGGCAGCAAUGAUAAUUUUGUACAAUAUACUAAAUAGACUGUACAUUUAUGAGAUUCCUGCACCCCUUUGUAGUAUGCACAGGCUAACUAAAUAGACUGUACAUUUAUGAGAUUCCUGCACCCCUUUGUAGUAUGCACAGGCUAAUCUGGAACAACACUUAAAGCCUACAUUAAGCCUAGUUUACACUUAAAGCCUACAUUAAGCCUAGGUUUCCCAAAACAUGGCUCAACUUAUGGGUGGGGAAUUAUUUUAGUAGCUCAAGGCAUUUUCAAUCAAAUUGUGUCAGUUGAUCAAAAACACUGUUUAAUAAUCUAGGUAUAUACAUACAUCAUCUAGUACAUAUAACAAUUUUACAUUCUGUACUGUAUAAAUUAAAUGUAUAUUAUAUUGCAAGAAGACUUUCCUUAAAAUAUGAAAUAUUUUUUUGCCAGCUGAGUAAAGAAUAAAAUGUUAUUGAAAUCGUUUUCACAUAUUCACAGAUCAUUUUUUUAGAUGAAUCAUCAUGUAAUUUUGCACAUUAGUAAUGUAGUAAUCCAUUUUGAUUUUCCAUGUUGUGAAAUUCACUAAGACGGGUUCCGGCUAAAAUCAUGAAAUAUUUUAAAUAUGUCAUUGCUUGAUGCUUUUGUUUUUGCCUCAGUAAUAAUAUCAAGAAAAUCAGGAAUGUACCAUUUUUUGUCAAGACAUUAUCUUUACUUAAAGUUGUUAAGAAAUAAUUUAUUUUACAAUAUUUUCUCUCAAACUUUUUAUGUCACUUAAAAUUUAAAUGCAGGUUUAUUUCACGUUUUUUGUAAUUUGAUGUUGUGGUUUUAUCUUUAUAUGCUUAUUUAUAUAUUUCUGUUUUGCUAAAAUUAUAAAUACAUGUAUGUAUUUCUUCAUAAUAUUAAAAAAACAAAAAACAACAAACACAAUAAACAGGAACAACAUUAUUUGUUGAAGUUAUAUUUUAAAUUGUUUUAUAUCAAGAAGUUAUUGCAAUAACAAGGCAAACAAUUUCUUUAGCCCUCUUACAGACAGCUGGAUGUAGGUGUCUUAAUGGUCGAGUGUUUGUGCCCGAGUGUGUUGUUCUGAGUUUGUUCCAACUGUAACUGCCAAUCAUCUUUCACUUUGAAACUAACUGACCACAUAUAACCACCAUGAAGACUUAUUAUAGAGGAGACAGCGUGUUGCGUGUAAGAGGUCAAGUUCAUACAGAAGUCGCGGUCAUACAGAGGUCAAGGUUAUUAAGAGGUCGUUUUAUGUUUGACGUUUAACUGCAUGUCCUAUCUGUAACUUCAGCAUUCAUCAUGCAAUUCUGAAAUAAUUUUUUACUAUUCUUCACAUUGUGGAGACAGCUUGUCAGUAAUAUAAGUUUCUAUACAUAUACAUGUCACACUUGAAGGCCAAAGGAUAAUAUUGGCCAUAAAUCAUUUUGUACAGACUUUAACUUUCAUUCAUUCAUUCAUCAUUCAUCGUUUUAUUAUAAAAACAUUAACCACAAAUUGUUUACCAUUUUUCUUCCUAGCUUCAAAGUCAAGAAUACACUGGUAAGUCAAAAGUAAAGUUUAAGGUUUACUCGGCUUGUUCAGACACCAACAUCGUCAGUCAUGAUUUUAAAGUUACUUACGACAAAUAUUCACCAUGAUGUGCAGAUGGCUUGUCACCUGUACAACCUCUCCCUAGCUCAAAGACAAAGGUCAAGCUUAGAGGUAAAAUGUACAAUAUUUGCUUCAUAUUUUUUUUUUCCUGGACUGUAAUUUCAUUAUGAGUUUAAAAAGAAAUAACCACAAUUGUGUAACUGUCAACUUCCUUUGGGGACUACUUACGGCUAAAAGCCAUACCUGUUUAUGAUGCAGCUAUGAUUAUAACAGGCAUUAUCGAAUAUGGACUCAAGAUGUUGCUAAUGGGCAUCUAAAUAGUAUAUCUUUAAAACAGGACAUACAUUUCUUUAGAAGAUUUGUUAAGUCUGAGAUUAGAAAAAAAACUGAAUUACAUUUUCAUCAGUAACAAUAUAUCUUCAAGUGCCCUUGCCACAUGCACACUGUUUACAAUUGAUAGAUUUGCAAUGUGUCUAGAUCUUCCAUUUUUAUUGAAAUACAGUUUUGUCAUUAUUGAUCUAUAAAAUUAAGACCAAUAUUGGACGAUGCUUUAAAAUAUCAGAAUAUAGAUAUAUUAACUGACAUUGUUAGAUAAGAUUCUUCACAUGUUUAUUCGUCAUUUAAAAUGACAGCAAUACAAAUAUCAAAUGUUUAAUGUACCUGUGUACCGACAUACACUGAACUCGUUAUCAACUUAUCCAAAGUGUAUAAAUAGAAGUAUAGUUUAAAUAGUAUCUUUCAUAAUUCAUUAGAUGAUGCUAUUAGUUUGCUAUGCUAUUUCAGCCAUAUUUGUUCACACGAUGUUAACACACAGAUAUAAAACUUUACCUAAAUCAUGUCAAAAAGCAAUGUGUAUAUAAUGUUGUUCAAUAAUGUAUUUAUGUUUUUAAUAUUAAUUUGUAUAUUUGUUUUUAGAUUAUAAACUACUAUUGUUUUUGCGAAAUGACUUUAGAUGAGUAAUACAAAAAUGAUAACUUU